AUGCAGAAACAGCUGCAGGCAAUAUCCAAAGACAAAAAGCUAUACAGCAGCUACUUGAUCAAAUCCAAACGGGAGCCAAGUGACAAAUCAGGUGAGGAAACAAAUGAUGGUGAUUCCAGCUCUAGUUUGGACUCCUCUACCAGCCAGCCCUUCACCUUUUCUGGUGUUGAGAAAUAUCGUAAAGACACCAUGGAAAAGGUUGAGAUCACAUGGCUUUCCUUUCAGAUCAUCAAGUAUGUAUUCAGUCCCACUGCUGGUCCUUUAGGAGCUGUGCACGAGCAAAGCUUUUUGGUGUACUGCCAAAACAUGACGGCCGGCCGAUGCAAAACAAAGUCUGACAUUAUUAAGUUGUUGAGGGACAUUGGUGUUGUAUAUCACUGUCCGGAGCGGAUCCAGAAGUUCAAGACAGAGCUUGACAAAUUUUGGAAAGAUCCACAUGAUCCAUCUGCUGCAACCGCCUUUGCAGAACAAGUUGGAAAGUGGGCACUCCAAACUAAACCCUAG